AAUUUGAAAAGAAAAGAAAAAAAAAAAAGAAGCAGCUUUCCUUAUGCUCCGCUUCCAUUCCUCCCAAUUUUGAUUUUACACUCGAACAAAACCAAAAGUAGCAAACCAAGCAAACAGACGAAAUCGACAAGAAGGGGAAAAGAUGAUUGCGAAUGAGUUAAGCAGAACAGUUAACGGAGAAGAAAAGAAACAGGAAGAAGAGGAAAUUGUUUGCUUAGACGAAUCAUUUUUUAUCAAUAACGAUUACCAGUUGAGCACUUUUACAUUUGGGUCUCAUGUACUUGAGCUCUUUUGCCUCCAAUCUGCUUCUACUGAUUUUGACUUAACAGGGCAACUGGUAUGGCCUGGUGCCAUGCUUUUGAAUGAUUAUCUCUCAAAACAUGCUGAGAUGCUUCAAGGGUGUUCUGUUAUUGAGUUAGGAUCUGGUGUAGGAGUUACUGGGAUACUCUGUGGCAGGUUUUGCCGCCAUGUUGUGUUAACUGAUCACAAUGACGAAGUGCUGAAGAUCCUCGAGAAAAAUAUAGAGCUUCAUGCAACUUCUGUGGACCUUAGUUGUUCUGCUGAAUUAGCAGCAGAGAAGUUAGAGUGGGGAAAUUCUGAUCAAGUAAACCAAAUUUUACAGAGAUAUUCAGAAGGAUUUGAUCUGAUUCUUGGAGCUGAUAUAUGCUUUCAGCAGUCAAGUGUUCCGUUACUAUUUGAUACUGUGGAACAGCUUCUUCGCUUUCAGGGAGGACGAUGCAAAUUCAUACUAGCCUAUGUAUUGCGAGCAAAGAUCAUGGAUUCGUUGGUUAUCAAAGAAGCAACGCGGCAUGGAAUGCAGAUUACUGAGGUUACUGGGACCCGGGCUCUUGUUGGUAAUCUUGAAGGAUUCAUAUUUGAGGUUUUACUUGAUUAGGAACAUCAAAUGUGUUUCAUACUGAAGGAUGUGGGGCUAGAAGCACCUUGGAGAAUGGAGAACUUUGUCACAUUGUUAAGGUCAGGAACUCUAGAUGAGCUGCUCGGAAAUGUUUUUACAGAUGGCACUUGGCAAUGGUAAAAAUUUGAGCUUAUGGAUGACUUUCUUGGAUAUUAGCGUUGAAAGUAAUUUCAGAAAUGAAUAAGGAAAGGAACAGGCAGUCUAUGGACCAUAUACACUUUAUGCAGAAAAUAAUCGAGGCCUUUGAUGAAGCAUUACUUUGGUAACCCAGAAAUGGGGUGGACCAUUGUAGCUAUCAUUUCUUGUAAUUUGCUAGUUAACUAUAUUUGAUUCUUACAUUUCUACUGUUAGACAAUUGGUAAUUUGGUAUGCUCAAAUUUUCUCUUAAAUUGCCAGUUU